UCUACCCUUCUAUAAAUCACUUUCUCAUUGGUUGAAAACCUUGUGUUUCUUCGCGAAGUGCCGAAACGUGGAAAAUAAUUUCAAGAUGUUGGGCCCGGCAGUUUUUAUGGAUGGUUCGACUGAAGAUCAAGCUCAAGAACUAAGAAUUUACUUCAAAAGUCUCGGCGCAGAAAUCAGCGAAGAAAAGUCACAAAAAGGAAUUGAGGAUGAUCUUCACAAAAUAAUUGGCGUGUGUGAUGCUUGUUUCAAAGAAGGGAAUGAAAGUGAAGUUGAAACGAUCCUUAAUGAUAUCGUUUCUAUUAUGAUCCUCGUUUCACCAACAGAUCGUGCAGAGAACUUAAUCCUUGCAUUUUGUGAGAAACUCACUAAAGCCCCAGGAUUCAAAUUGGGAUUAGUUUGUCUGAAAGCAUUAUGGCUGCUCUUCCAGUCUUUGCCAGAGGAUUCGCCAAUGAGGUACCACGUUUACUACGCUUUAGUUCAAAUUGCCCGCAGUGUGGACCAGGUUAAGGCAGUUUAUAACGGAAUUGAUCAGCUAAAACAGCAAUUCGCUCUCUGCCCACCAUCUAACGAGCAAAUGCAAAAGCUCCUUCGUCUACUGCACGAAGUACUUCUCAGCUGCAAACAGGGAGAGCAAGCUGCAGCUGUGAUGGUGGAACUUCUUGGAACUUACACAGCCGAGAACGCUUCAGCUGCAAGAGAAGACGCUCAGCGUUGCAUCCUCUCAGCCCUCGCUGACCCAAACACAUUCCUGCUCGAUCCUCUCCUCGCCCUGAAGCCUGUGCGUUUCCUGGAGGGAGAGCUCAUUCACGAUCUGCUCCUCAUUUUCGUCCAGGAGAAACUCCCAGCCUAUCUUAAGUUCUUCAAAGAUCACAAGGAAUUCGUUGAACACACACUAGGGUCCCAAUGCGAGCGAUCUGGAAAACCCUGA